ACGCGCCUUGACGUCAUCACGACGCGACGAGGAAGCGCCGCUGUGCGCGCCCUUCACUUCGCUCACGCGUUACAAAAAGUCUUGUCCUUUCUUCACGGCUGUACUCUGAUAUUUCUGCUGUUUAUGGAGUGACAGAAGCAAACAGCAGAGGUGGAUAGGACGAAGAAAUCCUUUCGGAGGUCUUAGCGUUUUAUCCGGGUCAAACAGUGAUGGCGGCUCCAAACUCUGCAGAGAGGAAGGCCUGCUGGGACGCCAGAGACCGGCUGUGGAAAUGUCUGGAUGACAAUGAUGACAAAGCUGCAUCCUGCCAGAAGUUCCAGAGCGAGUUUGAGACAACUUGCCCUGCUCAGUGGGUGAAAUAUUUUGCCAAGAGGAGAGACUUCCUGAAAUACAAAGAGAAGAUGCAGGCAGAAAGCUUCAAACCUGCUGAAGACCCCCGGCAGCCGUCUUAACCACGAGACGGCAGACUAUCAACAUCUGCGACUAACUGACUUUUAGCCUUAUUCAGACCAGGGCCAGAUGUGCAGGACUUGGAGAAGAGUUUCCCAACUUUAUUAUGAACCUGAACUUCCCCUUUAUUGUUAUUUAUUUGUACAGAGAUGAAAGCUGCAUCAAGAACAUGCAUAUAUGCAGCAAGAGCGCUCUGAGCUUCCCCCCUCAGAAACACUAUGUCAGAUCAUGUUCACCCACCCAGCUGGUCUGAGAUGUUUGAUAGCAAAGGAAUGAAUCCAGUUUUCUCAGUCAGUUGGAUUACUCGUGAAUAGAGUACUUUGUGAUCAGUGCGGCCCUUACACAUAUCACACACACUGGGUCUGUAUCAACACUCAUCCUAACACUGUCCAAGAUGAUUUUUUUGUGAUGUGUUUCACCUCCUCUCUAUUUCUGUUAGUGUGAUUUUACAGAUAAAAACUAAUCUUUACUGAUUGCUGAUAGUGAACUUUUAAUUUCAGGACAGAGACUCAUUAGGAAAAAUCUCAAACGUGUGACAGGCUUGUGGUGGUGUAUGUAGAUAAAUAAAAUAAAUCAAUACAA